AUAGCAUGCGCGCCACCGCAGAAAAAAACAGAAGGAUCAGCGAUUCCAUAAACACUAACAGGACAUCAAGAACGACGCAGCGCCAACGCUGAAGUUCGCGAGAGCCUUAAUUAAGUAGAGCGGCUGGCACUUGCUAUUAUUUUUUCUCAAACAGAAGAGGGGGAUCACUAAUCACACCUAUAAUGAUCAAUGAUACAGUGCAGCAUCUAAGAAGCAAUAACAACGGUACAGUGCAGCUAGCAUCAGCACAUCAGCAUCCAAGCAAUGUGAUUCUUAACACCAAUCAUUCAGCUAUAAUUAAUACUCCUACGGGUACGGUGAUGAAUCAGCCCGCCAUUGACAGAGCUCACACGCUACUCAGUUUACUUUGAAUUCAGACGAUAAACACGAAGCGUUACAGUCCAUGGUCCACAAUAGCAACCCGGUGGUGCCAGGAGAACGGAAAAACAACAGCAGACGUAUCCAUCAGGCGAAGCUCGCUUGCAUGACAAGAGGGUAAGUAAAGUAAACGCCUAAAAUCAAGAGGAUGGAAGAGAUAACAGAUCACUCCAGCAGGUCAACCAUCCACCCCGUCCAAAAAGCAACAACAUCGCACUUCUUCUUGCCCUCCACUGGGCCUUGUCCACACACUGACUUUGACAAAGAUGAUUGCUCUCGAGCACGAGCGCCUUUUCGGAAACGGUCUUUCUUCCCCUCGUGCUCUUUCAUGAUUAGACCGCCAUUCAUGCUUUGUCCAGUCAGGGCACAACAUCAGCCCUGGUUCCCAUGCUAGUUCCAGCACCAAUAAACCAUGCAGACACUCCAUUUCUCCAACUGGGGACACAGCAAGAUAUUGCACAUACCUUCCCUUGCUCUUGUGCUGUUGGUCUGCUUGGUCUCUCCUACGAGUUCCUGCACGGAGCAGGAGAAGGCCUCCCUUCUCCAGUUCCUCUCCGGGCUUUCACAAGACGGUGGCCUCGCUGCGUCCUGGCAGCAUGGCAUGGAUUGCUGCCAGUGGGAAGGGAUCACCUGCGGGCAAGAUAGGACGAUCACCGAUGUCUUGCUGGCUUCAAAGGGCCUUGAGGGGCACAUCUCAGAGUCCCUUGGGAACCUAACUGGGCUGCAGCACCUUAACCUCUCCCACAAUUCACUCUCCGGUGGUCUGCCACUGGAACUGGUAUUGUCCAGCAGCAUCCUUGUCCUUGACAUCAGCUAUAAUCAGUUCAACGGAACACUGCCAGAGCUGCCAGCUUCGACCACUGCCGGACCACUCAAGGUACUCAACAUCUCAAGCAACUUCUUUACAGGACAGUUCCCAUCCACCGCAUGGAAGGGAAUGGAGGAUCUGGUCGCGCUCAAUGCCAGCAACAACAGAUUUACUGGGCAGAUAUCAACUCAUUUCUGUAGCACCUCCCCAUCCAUCUCCGUGCUUGAUUUGUCUUUCAACCGCUUCAGUGGCAGCCUCCCCCAAGGCCUUGGUGAUUGUUCAAAGAUGAUAGAGCUCAGGGCCGGGUACAACGACCUCAGUGGAACUAUCCCAGAUGAACUCUUCAUUGCUACUUCGUUGGAAUACCUGUCUCUUUCUAACAAUCAUUUGCAUGGGGUUCUUGAAGAUGCACACAUAUUUAACCUCAGAAAUCUGUCUACCCUUGAUCUUGGAGAGAACAAUUUCAGUGGCAAGAUUCCAGAUUCCAUAGGCCAGCUCAAGAAAUUGCAGGAGCUCCAUUUGAACAACAACAAUAUGUCAGGGGAGCUGCCAUCGGCAGUGAGCAAUUGCAUAAAUCUGAUAAUAAUUGACCUCAAGAGCAACAAUUUCAGUGGAGAACUUGCCAAUGUGAAUUUCUCCAACCUGCUCAACCUAAAAACUUUAGACCUUCUGUACAACAACUUCACCGGGAAAGUUCCAGAAAGCAUAUACUCUUGCAGCAACCUGACUGCACUGCGGUUAUCUGGCAACAAAUUACAUGGGCAGCUUUCACCACGAAUAGGUGAUCUGAAGUACCUCACCUUCCUGUCACUUGGUAAAAAUUCUUUUGAAAACAUAAAAAGUGCACUUCACAUCCUUCAGAGCUGCAAGAACCUUACCACCUUGCUUAUAGGGCAGAAUUUCAUAGGAGAGCACAUGCCAGCGGAUGAGAAAAUUGAAGGUUUUGAGAAACUUCAGGUUUUGGACAUCGGAGGAUGCCCAUUGUUUGGAAAAAUACCUCUUUGGAUAUCAAAUCUAGCAAAUUUAGAGGUAUUAGUCUUAUCCGACAAUCAACUCACUGGAUCAAUACCAGCCUGGAUCAAAGCCCUAAAGCACCUCUUCUAUCUAGACAUAAGAAACAACACCCUCACAGGGGAAAUUCCAACAAUAUUGAUGGAUAUGCCAACACUAAUGUCAGAGAAGACAGAAGCUCAUUUGGACCCCAGGCUCUUCGAGUUGCCUAUUUAUAAGAGCCCAUCACUCCAAUACCGCAUACCCAUUGCUUUCCCUAAAGUGCUGGAUCUAAGCAACAAUAAAUUCACUGGUGAGAUACCUCUGGAGAUUGGUCAGUUGAAAGCUCUCCUUUCACUCAAUUUUAGCUUCAACUACUUGACAGGACAGAUUCCACAAUCAAUAUGCAAUUUAACAAACCUGCUGGUGCUAGACCUUUCCAACAACAAUCUUACAGGUGCAAUACCAGGUGCAUUGAAUAGCCUGAACUUCCUUUCAGCAUUCAACAUUUCUAACAAUGACCUGGAAGGGCCUAUUCCAUCUGGAGGGCAGUUUAAUACAUUUCCGAAUUCUAGUUUUGAUGCGAAUCCAAAGUUGUGUGGCUCUAUGCUCACUCACAAAUGCGCAUCAGCUUCAACACCUCUAGUCUCCCAAAAUCACAGAAAUAAGAAGGUUAUUUUUGCAAUCACAUUUAGUGUGUUCUUUGGAGGCAUUGCAAUUCUUUUGUUGCUCGGGCGUCUCCUCGUCUCAAUCAGGGCCAAGGGUUUAAAUGCAGAAACUAGAAGGGAUAAUGAUGGAGAUGCUGAAGCAACUUCAGUCUACUGCAGCUCAGAACAAACAUUAGUAGUGAUAAGGAUGCCACAAUUCAAGGGAGGAAAAAAAAUGCUCAAAUUCAAUGACAUUUUGAAAGCUACGAACAACUUUCACAAGGACAACAUCAUUGGAUGUGGAGGGUUCGGAUUAGUCUACAAGGCAGAGCUACCUGAUGGUUCCAAGCUAGCAAUUAAAAAGCUCAAUGGUGAAAUGUGUCUGAUGGAAAGGGAGUUCAGUGCAGAGGUCGAUGCUCUAUCCAUGGCACAACAUGAAAAUCUUGUACCGCUGUGGGGUUACUGCAUCCAGGGAAACUCAAGGCUCCUCGUAUAUUCCUACAUGGAGAAUGGCAGCCUGGAUGAUUGGCUUCAUAACAGAUAUGACGAUGCUAGCUCAUAUUUUGACUGGCCAACUCGGCUCAAGAUCGCGCAAGGAGCAAGCCUGGGCCUUUCUUAUAUCCAUGAUGUCUGCAAGCCUCAGAUUGUCCACCGUGACAUCAAAUCCAGUAACAUCCUACUGGACAAAGAAUUUAAAGCUUAUGUUGCUGAUUUUGGGCUAGCCAGAUUGAUUGUUCCCAACAGAACUCAUGUUACAACUGAGUUGGUCGGCACUAUGGGUUACAUUCCCCCUGAGUAUGGGCAAGCAUGGGUUGCUACGUUGAGAGGUGAUAUAUACAGUUUUGGAGUAGUCCUGCUUGAGCUGCUCACUGGAAUGCGACCUGUUUCAGUCCUAUCUACAUCAAAAGAACUUGUCCCAUGGGUUCUACAGAUGAGGUCUGAGGGCAAGCAGAUCGACGUCUUGGAUCCAACACUUAGAGGAACAGGGUAUGAAGAUCAAAUUCUGAAGGUGCUUGAAACCGCUUGCAAGUGUGUCGAUCAUAAUCAAUUCAGGAGGCCAGCUAUGAUGCAAGUAGUCUCCUGCCUGGCCAGUAUAGACGAUGACCUACAGAUAUAAAGAACAGCCAAGACAGAAGGAACAACACAUGAUAGAUAAUGUAUUUUCGUGCAAAAUGUACAUGUAACUUUCUUAGUUUCAUGCACAGAAGUACUACUUCUGAUAAUCUUAAGAGUGUGUUUUGUACUUUGUACGAGCCUCACAGGUCGCCAUUUUCAGCUUUACAUGUUUCUUUAAGGAAAGAUUUUCAUAAAAUCCAUCUUUGUUUAUUUUUAUUUUUGCGAGGACAUUUAGAUGUCCCUCUUUAUAUUAUGCUACUCCCUCCGUCCGAAAAUAAGUGAAGUGGAUUUUAGUUCAAAUUUGAACUAAAACCACGUCACUUAUUUUGGGACGGAGGGAGUAUAUGUUUUAUGGUUCACAAGCAUGAGACAAAGUUUAAACAUGUGAAAUGACUAUCUUGUUUUAUCACUGGAAGAUUGAAAGUGGUUUCAGUUCAAGUUCUUUCAGAUGUUUGCUUUGGAUCAGCGAUUUAAAAACCACCAGAGUUGGAGGUGAAUUGCCGAACUACUAGAUACAGCAAGUGUUUGGUUGGUCCAAGCGUCAAACAAAUGGAACGAGAAUAUGAGAAUGCAAUAGGACUACUAUCAUCGGAAUGUAUAUAAUUCAGCACGCACAUCAGAAAGCAGACACUAGCAGAACAAGAGAGGAAUGGCUAAAAAUCACCUGCCUUGCAUUGCAGCUUCAGAAGCACCUACUUACCAUGCUGGAGGAUUCACUCGGCAAAGAAACCACCUGCCUUGCAUCGCAGCUCGCUCCUCAGGCGUAUAGAAAUAGGCCUGGAAACACGUCCUAGGCCUGACCUACAAGCCCGAUCUAGCUUCUAGAUGGCAACCCUCGCGGAGGUUCAAAGAAACCGCCGCAUCCGGGUCGGCAUUCUGCCGAACGACCUGAGCGUGCUGCUGCCGAGGCGGCCUGCGCUGGGCACGAAAGGCGGGCAUUGAGUCGGAGGGGUAUAUGCCAGCGUGCGCGUGGAACGGAGCGAGCGUGGUGGAAGCAAGGAUGCGGCGCGAGUAUGGCGGCAUGCGAGCAGGAGGAGCGAGUGAAUAGUGAUGGCGAUAGAUCGGUGAAAGCGAAGCCCGUGGAGAGGUUUGUCCGCCUCGGGGCUUUGCUACGUCCGAGUGUUUUCAGGCGGCGGGGAAAGUUUGUGGGCAUAUGAACCCGUUUUUUUUUUAAGAUAUCUAUAUUUCGAAAAUGGUCGAAAAAUCAUGAAAUUUGUUGGCAACAAACUUGAUUUAUUUUCCUACUCCUAAAAACAAUUGGGGGCUAAAUGACUUUCGUGGUAUUGUUCAGGACAAAGUCAAAAUCAGCACUGUAUUAGUUGUACUACUCACUCUAUAUUUUAUCAUCGAUGAUUUAUUUUUAUGCGUUGAUUUUUUAGGCAGUUUUGUGUUGUCAUUUUUUUUACAAGUAGAACA